ACCGGCGUGAGCCCACCGACUAAUUAUAAGUUUCGUUGCCGAUAACUCCGUUAAUAAUUAACGCCGCUAUAUUCGAUCUAUCUCUGGAGUAUAUACUAGAGGGAGGCGCAGAGCGAAUUGUCAAUUCAGCCGCGACUCCUGUGAUACGUUGCGGAGGAUGCCGUGAGGUAUCUCGAAAAUGUCAGAAGCUGACUCGUGACCUUUCUUCAGAUUCAGUGACGAAAUUAAUUUAAUGAUCUAAUGGGGCUGUUUACGCCGAUACAAGCUACGCUGUAGAGUCAGCUGUUACUACAGUCAGCGUCCUUUCGCUUGCCUUAAUGAACUUGUCAAUUUUGACCGACGAUAGAACGAUUUGUUAGCGGAAAAUUCAUUCGAUCCAAUGUCAAAAGUCGAAUAUCUCAAGUGCUGUAAUUUCAAACUAGUCAGUAGUCGGUCCUAGGACUACGUCUAUCUUGCCGUGCAUGUACGCAUGUUGCAUCGGAACGUGACUAGCAGGAAUUUCCCGGCACCGUAGGCAGUCUCCUUGGUUACGCGAGGGCACAACAGGCGUCGCGACGCCGUUCUCCAGCCGCGGAAACGGCGGAUAGACCGCGUUUAGUUUCCGAAGUAGCUAUCGAAUAAACAGCUCCCUCGUUACCGAGCUCGGUGCGUUUAAUCGUAAAGGACGAUGAGACCCGGAAACGAGGAGGCGUCCUCGAAAUCGCGAUCACUCGAGCGCGCCGCUAAAGGAGACUCCUUCCAGCUCGUUUGUCAAAUCGGAGCACGAUGAAGAACCACUUAGGGCUGGUCGCAAGGUUCUGCCUCCUCUUCGUCGCGAUCCUCCACGGAGGAGAAGCUAUAGACUGCUUCAAGUGCGUUUCCUUCGGAGGCAAUAACAAACCUUGCGACGACCCGUUUCACAAUAAUGGGAGCUUCGACUUCCUGGAGUCACCCUGUUUAGGGGGUCGUAAAGGCCGUGAUGGCCUUUUCCCUGCAACUGCUUGCAUCAAGCUAGCUGGAACUUAUGUGGAUUCUGGAGUAUCUUUCACGGUGAGAAGCUGCGCUCUGGAUAGUGGAACUCUGACGACCGAUUCCGAGAUUACCAGGAUGUCUCAUUGCGGUCAUUUCUAUUUGGACAAUGAGUACGCGGAGGGUUGCGUUCAGUCCUGCAACGAUGCGGACGCUUGCAACGCAUCGAGGCGUGAAACGAUUUCCAUGUUUCUUUUAAUUCCCCCAAUAUUUUUAGGGUGCCUGUUAGUGUGACGACGAAGUGAGAUUACGAUUAUUAAAAGGAAGUCAGGAGUGUCCGCGUUCAGUUGUACAACAUGCUGGAUUACCAUAUCCAGGGCCUUAGCCAUCGCUUGCUUUCACGAGCUUCUAAGCAGAAGCUCAUUUCGAAACUGCCUUUUUUAACAGUAACCGCUGACUAUUUACCAGUCGCGUAUCUUUCCUCCAAUAACUCCUGAUAUUGUGCAAUCCAAGUCCGUGUGAUAAAGGAGAUUACGUUGUAGAGUCUAUGACUCCUCUGAUCGUUGAAUAAAGCUUAAGAAUU